AUGAGCCGGUGUUCUGCACGAGUCUAUAAACAAUCCAUAGUUCGUUUUUUGCCCGAGUCUUAUACAGAUAUGUUUCAGAUUAGCUUUGUUUAUUACUUUAGAGGCGCCUUGAUUUCUUUCUCUCUUUCUUUCUUUCUUUCUUUCUUUCUUUUGAAAAACCAUGAUUCUCUCUUUCUUUUGAAACCGUAUUUUUCUUUCUUUCUUUUUUUCUUUCUCUUUCUUUUUCUUUUCUUUCUUUCUUUCUUUUCUUUUUUCUUUUUCUUUUUUAAAAAACCACGAUUCUCUCUUACUUUUGAAACCGUAGUUUUUCUUUCUUUCUGUUUUUCUUUUGAAGAACAACGAUUCUUUCUCUCUUAUGAAACCGUAGUUCUUUCUUUCUUUCUUUUUUUUGACAAACCACGAUUCUCUCUUUCGUUUGAAACUGUAGUUCUUUUUUCUGUUUCUUUAACUCUUUUGAAACUUUACGAAUGUUUUUCCUAUCUUUCAUUCUUUCUGUUUUUCAUUCAUUCUUUUAUUCAUUUAUUAUUUCCUUCCUUCUUUCUAUUUUUUAAAAUAUCACGAUUUUCGCUUUCACUGAACCCGUUGUUCUUUCUUUCUUUCUUUCUUUCUUUCUUUCUUUCUUUCUUUCAUUUCUUUUUUCUCUUUCUCUCGUUCUUUCUAUUUUCUUUCUUUUCCAUUCUUUCUUUUUUAUUUCCCUCCAUUUGUUUUUUUUUUAUAAACCCUGCAUACCGUGUUAUUUUUCUUUCUUUCUUUCUUUCUUUCUUUCUUUCUUUCUUUCUUUCGUUGAAUCCGCAUCUUCGUUUGUUUGUUUGUUUCUUUCUUCCUUCCUUUCUAUCUUUCUUUAUCUUGUUUUGUCUGCUGGUUUCGUUCAAACUCAAGUUUCAAGCUUCACAAAUCUUUCUUCCUUUCUUUCUUUUCGUUAAUUUCUUUCUUUUUUCUUUUUCUUUCCUUUCUGUCUGUUGUUCAUUCUUUUCUUUCUUUCUUUUUUCUUUCUUUCUUUCUUUGUGUUCAUUCAUUCCUUUGUUUUUGAAAUUUCUAUGUCAUUUUUCUACUAAUCAUAUUUCUGGUUUUUUGACAUUUUCUAAAGUCACUUACCCGCCCCGACAUCAUUAUCUUUCUUCUUCAUUCCUCCGCGAAUCUAUCUAUCUAUCUAUCUAUCUAUCUAUCUAUCUAUCUAUCAAUCUAUCUCAGACUGUUGGUAUCUAUCUAUCUAUCUCACUGUUCAUAUCUAUUAUCUAUCUAUCUCAUCUAUCUAUCUCAGACUGUUAUAUAUCUAUCUAUCUAUCUAUCUAUCUAUAUAUCUAUCUAUUAUAUCUAUCUAUCUAUCUAUCCGGUUCUUAUCAAGCUAUGACCAUCUAUCUAUCUAUCUAUCUAUCACCAUGUUCAUAUGUAUGUGUGGAUGUAUCUCAGCCUGUUCAUAUCUAUCUAUCUAUCUAUCUAUCUAUCUAUCUUACCUUUAUAGCACAAUUGCUGUUAAUUCUAUCCUGA